AUGGACUAUAGCUUGGCAGCAUUGAAGCUUUUAUGCUCGCAGCUGAAGCAGGCUGGAGAAGUACCCUCGCAAAACAGCUUUGCGCUUGGUGGCCUCCUCUUCCAGCGCGCUUGGUUGCAGGGCGUUCUUGUCUCCGCCUCCGACACCGGCUCUCUGCUUCUCGACGACGGGACGGGCCUCAUCGAGCUCUCUCUCACCGGCGAGUUUCGCCACCGUCAGUGGAAACUCGGGAUGUAUGUAAUGGUGGUUGGAGGGUACGUUGCACGUGUGGGAGAACUUCCCAUGAUCAAGAUUCACAAGAUUGUUGAUCUUUCAUCAUCUCCUGACCGAGAGGCUAUGUGGUAUCUUGAAGUGAUGGAGGCAUACAAAAUGUUCUAUCAGCCUCUUGUUGAAGAGUUUACAUGA